GAUUAAAUUCCCACUGAAUUUUGAUUGGACCUAAAAUGAUCAGUUGUAGUUUCAGGUUCACAGAAAAAAAAUAACCAGCAUGAUGAUGGAUUACUCUGACAUCACACUGAUUACCAGAUAUUUACUUCGUCCUGUCCAGUUUGAGGACUCUCUGCAUUUUCUUGUUUUAGAGAGUUUUGAACUGAUGGUCAUGUUAUUUUAAGGUAAGUUAGAUGAUAUUGCUUUAAAUUCACUCUAUUUUUGGACUCAAUUUUUGAUGUUUAUAGAGAGUAAUAGAGAAGCUAUCUUCAGGUGAUAAAAUAAUAAUAACGAUUAGUUGCGGCUGUAUUUACUAAGGAAUCAUCUCUGUAGUUCAUACCAAAAAAUGAAAAAUUGAUUGGAUAAUGAAAAAUAUAUAUUAGUGUCAAAACUGUUUCACAUUACUUAUUCUGUUACUGGCGUGAGAUUUCAGAUAUUUUAGCAACUAUACUGUAUUCUUAAAAUAAUUAUUAGAAAAACAACUUUUCCCUGUAGCUGCCCUGCUGAUGACAGGCUACACUUUAGGGACUGUCAACAAGAACAUGACUGAGGAUGCUGUUGUAGUCUGUUAAUAAAACGUGAAGGGAAAAAUGAGCUUCGUCUCAACUUUAGGUUUAUAAAAUCAGAAGACUUCCUCCUGAAGUUGUUUGAUGAAGAGGUAUUUUAUUUUAUUAUUAUUUUUUUUUUUUAUCGUCGAGGUAUUUUCGCUUUUUUCGGCGUCAUGUAGUUGACGACGCUCCCUGACUGCGACCGUUUGCAAGCGUUCAUCAGCCGGGAUUUUUUGCGCUAAACUGCGCUACCUAGUCGAUUUACACAUCGCUCAAUCGACAUUUUUACAGAGAAAAUGAAUGACAAAUCGACGGCGACGUAAAAAGUUAAACUCCAACACUGAAUAUGCGCGCGGGUCGCGUAAUAAUACGUAACACGUUGAAAUCGUCCCGGCGUUGCAUUCACGCCAGAAACAACAUUAAUGCUUCAGGAGGUUGAUUCUGAGUCAGCCGGUGAACUUCCUCAUCUGAGUCAGUCCAGAGUCAACAGCAGCGGCCUGUAGCACGUCAACAUGUCGCUGAAGAGCUGUCUGCAGUCCGGACUGGACUUCAUUGAAUUUCUGGGAGACAGAGUGUCAAACACCAACAAGAAGGAACUUCGUGACAUCUACAACUCUGAAUUUAGGGGCAGAGAAGGAAGAAGGGACCCUAGUUUCUCCAAUGUUGUAUUUGCACUUACGAAAUUCAACAAAGCCUACAUAAAAAAGGGGAAGCUCUUCAUAAAUGUCAAACCUCAGGUUCGAGUGUACUGUGAUCAGUGGCGGAGGCCCCGGGCCCCUCGUCCACAGCCACACAGCCCCAGCCCCGGCUCUGGCCCUCAGGAGACAGCUAAGACUCCCAAACCCUCUGCCCCCUCGACCCCUGCGACCCCUGCGACCCCUGGGCUGACCCCCAAGAAAAAGCUGGCCACGGAAAUCCUGGGCAAGCUAAAGGCAAACAGGAAAAAGUUGACCGCUGACAAGUGGGGCAUUCAGAUCACAUCAGACCCGGCAGGGGAAAAUGGAAAAGUCCAGUUCACUGUGGAACGUCUCAGGGAGACGUUCAUCCUCAGGUUCCACAUCCUUAACAAGGGCACAGCCUGCAUCCACUUCACCUACUACACUGCCCUGCACAAGAUGCGCUGCUUCACUCUGGAGGACGAGAGGAGAGUCACCAGAGCCUGUCCACUGUUCCUCUGUCCAGGGGAGAGCUACGAGGUUCUGGUUCGGUACAAGCUCAGCCACUUUGGAUAUUUUCCUGCCACGAUGUACUUUGAGUUCUGCCCGGAUCUGCCAGCAUCUGCUCCCUUCUGCAUUGUGCGGGAGGUGGAAGCGUUAGCCAGCACCCCUCUGGCAGUGGAGCUGGGGCCCGUGUCUCCUUACAUGCCAUUUCAGAGGGGAAAAUACAGGGCUGCCAACCUCGUGAUAGUGGAGGGGGUCCCUCCUGAGAGUUCCAUGGCCCAGCCUCCGAACAUGCCAGUGAAAUUAGCACAAUACAGAUGCCCAGAAUACCUAAAGGGAGCGGCUAAACUAUUGAUGGAGGACCCUGCAGCUGCCGGGCGGAGCUUCCCAUCCCUGAAGGGUCUUUUGGACUCUUCUUUAAAGAUGAAGACGUACCCUCAUCGAUUUCACCUCCUGCUACACCUGGAAGAGCUACAGAUGGAGGUGGACAUCAGGAAGUAUGACAUCCUCAACCAAACCAUGACUCAAGAGAAGAGCAAUAAAAAACUGCUCACACUCAGAGUUCCAGGUGUUGCUGAGAAUCGACCAUCCGUACUCCGUGGAGAUUGUCUGAGGGUGCACAAGUCUGAGGACAAGGUCGAGCCGAUCACUGUGUACAAUGGAUAUGUUCACAGAGUGGAGCUGGACAGGGUCAAGCUGGGCUUUUCGAAGCAGCUGUUGCAGAUUUUCAUCAGCAAUAUGAAGUUCGACGUGGAGUUCACUCUCAACCGGUACCCCUUGAGGCUGCAGCAUCGGGCUCUGGACCUGGCAGCAAAACAUGAACUGGAAGAGGUUCUGUUCCCAUCUGGUGCAGCGGCGGCUAGUCUCCCCAUGCCCAAACUCAGGAUGUUCAACAGUCAGCUGGAAAACAACCCGCAGCAGCAUGCGGCCGUCCAGCGCAUCGUAGCCGGAUCAUCAAAGCCCGCUCCUCAUCUUGUGUUUGGGCCCCCUGGAACUGGAAAGACAAUCACUCUGGUUGAGGCCAUGAAUCAGGUCUACAAGGCAGACCGCUCAGCUCACAUCCUCGCCUGUGCACCUUCAAACAGUGCCUGUGACCUCCUCUGUGAGAGGCUGAUGGUGCACAUGGAUCAUCAUCGGGUUUACCGUCUGUACGCCAGCAGCCGAGACCCAAGAACUGUCCCCAAGAGCCUGCUGAAACAUUGUAACUGGGACCAGAGACUAGAAAGUUUCGUGUUUCCAAAUAAAGAGAGUCUGAUGGAAUACACAGUCGUCGUUACAACUUUGAUCUCAGCUGGCAGACUGGUGUCUGGAGGAAUGCCAGUCGGCCAUUUUACCCAUGUCUUCGUGGAUGAAGGAGGCCAGGCAGUGGAGCCAGAGUGCCUCAUCACUGUCGCAGGUCUGCUCAGUGCGCAGGAGGGUCAGUUGGUGCUUGCAGGAGAUCCCAAGCAGCUGGGACCGAUCCUUCGAUCACCUCUUGCACUGAAGUAUGGACUCGGGCUUUCUCUGCUGGAGAGACUGAUGAGGGAUAACCCUUUAUAUCAGAAAAGUACUGACUCCGGACACUUCGACACCCGCUUUGUCACCAAACUGCUGCGGAACUACAGGUCUCAUGCCGCCAUUCUGAAAAUCCCCAAUGAGCUGUUCUAUGAGAACGAACUGCAGGUGUUCGCAGACCAGUGGGACCGCGAGGCCUACUGCAACUGGGAGUACCUCCCGAAAAAGGGUUUCCCACUGAUCUUCCAUGGGGUGAUGGGCAAAGACGAGAGAGAGGCCAACAGUCCAUCUUUCUUCAACGUGUCUGAGAUUGAAGUCCUGGUCGACUACCUCACCAAGCUGAUGGAGACACAAGGGAAGAAGGGUCUCCCCAAACUAUCUCCAAAGGACAUUGGCAUAAUCGCCCCCUACAGGAAACAAGUGGAGAAAAUCACAAAGGCCCUGAAGUCUGUCUCGGCUCUCAAACGAUGGAGCGAUCUCACCGAGCUCAAGGUGGGCUCUGUGGAGGAGUUUCAGGGACAAGAGAGGAAGAUCAUCAUUAUCUCCACAGUCCGCAGCAGCCUCAACUAUGUCAAAAUGGACGAAGACUUCAAUAUUGGAUUCCUCUCAAAUGAAAAAAGAUUCAACGUGGCCGUGACCAGGGCCAGGUCCCUGUUGAUAGUCGUGGGAAACCCUGUGAUCCUCAGCAAGGACUCCACCUGGAAGAAGUUCAUCACCUACUGUGUGAACGAGAAGGGUUACACUGGAUUUGACUUCAGAGAUGCAGACGGAGAAGAUGACAUCGUCUCCAGACUGGCGAACCUGAAAUUCAACGUGGAUUCUGACAGUCCCGGACCAGAGAGUGCCCUGCAGCAACACGUUGACCUUGAAUGGAAAAAUGAGCACUAACAUCUCCGUCAGAACACAAAAACUAAGAAAUAUUUGCAGUGAUGUUCUCUAGAAAUAAUCUGAUUUAUGUACAUCACCAUACACAGCAAGUUUUCCCCUCUCUGUGAGCUUUAAACGCACUUAACAUUUGCAUCUGUAAGUUCAGAUAAUGUCAUUUUUUUAAUUAACAUUUUUUAGAGCAGUUUGCAUAUUUUGGUGCAACAGCGCUCUGAUUUUGGUCUUUUUGCUCUUGAUUUUUUUUCACUUUGUCUCUUCAGUGAUCUUUUUUUCCGGUUUAAGAAAACAAGAAGCACACCACUCUCUCUCUCAGGAAUUAAUCACCUUUUGUCUUAUGCCGUCUGCACUUUACAAAGUAGUUUUCUUUUUAACUCAUCUAUUACUCUCUGGUAAUUGCUGAAGAAAUAAACGCUUUCGUGUUUUGCACCGUAUCUCAAAAACCUUCCCUUUGAUUAAUCAUCACCUUUAACGUUAUCACCUGUCAGUAACCACAUUUGAUGUCUUAAAGGGGACAGUGCUUAUUUAUCCGUCUACAUUGUUUCGGUGUUUUGGAGAUUUCGGCUGUGGAGAUGACUGUCCCCUCUUCGAUAUAAUGGAACUACAUGACAUUCAGCUUGCGGUGCAAAAAGAUCACCGACAUCUCUGCUGAUAUCUCCACAGCUCGACAACUCGAAUGGAAGCACUCUAGAAAGAUAAAGAGCAUUACAGGUAAGAGGAAAAAUAUGUAUUUGUUGCUUUUAAGCUGAACUGUCCCUAUUUAACUUUCCACAAGAAUCGACUGGGGAAGACGAGUCGGUCUUGUCUCAAAAAUAGUUUAUUAACAAUGUUCAUGUUCACUUCAGAUCAAACAUUCACUACAACACUUUCAGUUUACAAAGCAUUUAUUACAAUGAGCUUUUUAUAUAAAUCUGGAUCCUUUAUCAUCUCAAAUACUUACAGAGAAAGAAAGGGAAAAAAAAAAAGUUACACAACACUGAGCAGAAGCCGUUUCCCCAAAGACGUGUGCACACGGUUAAGCCCCCAUGGUUUUUUUUCAAGCAUGCAUCGACAUCGUAAGGGAAACUUAUUUUGAUUUGGGCGCAGCGCAAUCUGCAUACACAUCGAUAGCAGUAUUGUACAUGCUCUUAGUGAUAUGUUUGACAGUAGUAGACCCUCUGCUGCUCUGCGGGAACGCCCCUUUCAUCAUCAACGCUUCCAGCUGUGAAUGUUAUACGACUAUCUCUGCUGACGUUAAGCUUGUUGAGACCCGCGAACGCGAUGCCACAACAAUAAAACGCCCGUGCUUUCAUUGAUGAGAAUCUUUUACUUUUUACUCUUUGCCUUGUUAGUGUGCUUGUCCACAAUUCUGCACAAAAAUCCAGAGUUUAAACAAAGUAUCAGCCCCCUAGAAAGAUUUGAGGUAACAACAUUAAUCUGGUGCGUGUGUGUGUUUGUAAUAAAUGCCCCCUCUGCGUUAAAACAACAGAAAAAAAUACAACUAGUUUUAUAUGUUAUAGCUUCUCCACCGGAUCGCCGAGUUAAAACUUAUGUGCUUGGCCAGUAGAGGGUAUAAAGUUGCAUUAUAGAUGGCAUUACAAUAUAACAGACACACAGCUCCUGCCAGCUGCUAGGCUUAGGUAAGAAGGUUGCAUGCAACAUCAAAGAUAUUGUUUUUUCGCCACACACACAUUUCAACGUCCACCCUCCCGCAGACAGACGGCAACAUGCAACCAAAGGGACACGUACAGUACAAUAAUGAGCAACAGAGGCAGAGAAAAGGAAUGCCGUAAAGAGUCUGUGCCUGAGGACAGUCGCUGGGCGUUUUUUUUUUUUUUUUUCCUAAGAA